AUGCCUCCAGAGGUUUUCACUUCAUCGGCUUGUCAUUCGAUUCAAAUCCAUCAUACAGUCUGGCCCAGAUUGGCACUAAAUAGCCACAAGCAUAGACAGCUGAAAAGAAUGGAAAUCACUCUUACUAGUAAAAGAUUCAUCCACAUACUUGUUUUCAUACUUGCUUGCAUGUCCAUUUUCAGGCUUCUUCGGUUUGCUAUCACCUCAUACUCUUCAUUACAUAUCCAUGGGUGGCCAGAUCUUGUAAAGACCUGCAAUUCAUUGGAUUCAAGUUGCGGGGAAGUCACCUCUCAUACAACAGCUUCUUCUCAAAAUAGCAGACGUAUCACCAAAAAGGAAUAUCAGUUUAUAUCAAAUAUCAUCACUCGGAGAGCACCUUGUAACCUCCUAAUCUUUGGAUGGGAACCCGAAUACCUUCAUCUGGCAAAGAAAAAUGCUGCAGGAAUCACUUUUUUUCUGGAGGAUACACCUGACAGAACAAAAAGAAUGAGAAGAUCAAACAAGACCAGGAUACACAAGGUAAAUUAUGGGGUGGCGGCAAAAGAAGCAUACACAUUGCUAAGACAAGCAAGAGAGGAAGUUGCUUGUGCACCUAAUUCAGGAACCCUCGAAACAUCAACUUGCAAGUUGGCAUUAACAAAUUUGCCAGAUGAGGUAUACACAUACAAAUGGGAUGUGAUAAUUGUUGAUGGACCAACUAGCGAUGGACCAGAGGCACCUGGAAGGAUGACAGCCAUCUACACAUCGAGUAUGCUGGCUAGGACUGGGAAUAUCACAACAAAUGUAGUAAUACAUGAUGUAGAUCGGAUGAUAGAGAAAUGGUUUUCCAGGGAAUUCUUAUGCGAUGAAAAUUUAAUUUCAUCAAAAGGGAGAUACUGGAAUUUCGGGAUUAAAGGACAGCGUAUAAUAUGUAUUAUACACUUUGCAGCAAACAGUAGGACUAUUAGCUGGAUAGGUGCCUCAGAGAUAGUUGUCAAAUUUACUGGCAUGCAAGACUAUGAUCGUGUACAGCAGUAA